AUGGUGUUGUAUAAACGAAAGCAAGUACCAUUUAUACCACCACCACCUACACCAACAGAUUUAACACAAGAAGUAUGGGUUAUACCAAAUACAAAAGAAUGGUUCCUAACUUAUGAAGAAUUUUUAACAAGAUUAGAUUUUUAUAAUAAAAGAAAAUUUGUUUGUGAAAUUACUGGUAAUUCAUGUUUAACAUAUUUUGAAGCUUUAACAAGUGAAUUAAAUGAAAAAAAAGAAUUAGAUAAAAAUUUUCCAGAAAAUUUAAGAGAACAUAUUUUAAGAUAUUUACAAUUUAAUAGAAUUUCAAGAUUAGAUCAAUUAGUUGAUAAAGUUUAUCAAAUUUUUAAAAAUGAUUAUUUUCCUGGUGAAAUGGUAUUUUUAAAAGGUUUAGAUCCAAAUAAUUUAUCUACAAAAUCAAGAGGUGUUAUAAGAGAAAAAGUUCAAUAUGGUGCAGAUAAAUCAACUAAAUAUUUAGUUAUAAGAUCUCAUGAUAAACAACAAGCAAUUGUUACUGGUAAUAAUAUAUCAAGAGACAGAAAUCAUUUUACAAAAUGGUUAAUUAAAACUUUUAUAAAAUUAACAAUGUCAAGAUCUCAUAAAGUUGGAGCUCCAUGGGUUGUAAAAUCUCAAUAUGCAAAACAAUAUAAUAUUCCUUCAACUUAUCCAGAAGAUUUAAAACAAUAUAUUGAUUCAACUCCAAAUGGUGAACCAACUUAUGUUAUACCAAAAAAGAGAAAAUUAGAUUUUAAAGAAAAAGAUCAAAGUGAAGAACCAUCAACGAAACAAAAAUCAUCAAAAGAACCUUUAGAAAAGAAAAGAAAAAUUACAAUCAAAGAAGAAACAAAGAAAAAUUCAACGCCUAUAUCAAAUGAACCAAUUAUUCCCUUUAGAAAGAAAUUUCCAAAUCAUCAUUUACCUCAGAGACUUAUAGCAGAAAUUGAAGAAGAAGAAGCAAAAGGUAAUUCUGCAUCAUCCAUAGCAUUUCAACAACCAACUAAAAAAACAAUUGUUGAAGAUUUAGAUAUAAGAUUUGAUAUUCAAAAAGGUAAACCAUCACCCAAAAUUUUAAAAAUUAAAAGCAAGAUUAAAAAUGAAUUAAUACCUCUUCAGUCAAUAUCAGAAGCAUUACAAGUUUGGGUAUUUAUGAAUGUUUAUCAUAAUGUUUUAAAUAUUGAUACUUUUACAUUUGAUGAUUUUAUUUCUGCAUUAAAUUAUAAUUCAAUUGAAAUUGAAUCAAGUAUGAUUGAUGAAAUUUUUUGUUCUUUAUUAUGUAAAUUUAUAUCAAAUGAAAUUCCAAGUUCAAAAGAUGCAAAAUUAGCAAAAGAAAAUGAUUCUAUUUAUGGAUUAAAUAUUGCAUUACCUGAAAGAGUUGAAGAUGACGAUGAUGAAGAUGAUGAUGAUGAAGAAGAAGAAGAAAAAGAUCAAGAAAAAAAAGAAGAUCACAAAGUCAAGAAAGAAAAAGAUGAAAACAUUAAUGAUAAAGAAGAAGAUGAUAGAGGUUCAGAUUCAGAUACAGAACAUAAACCCUUAAAAAUUGAUGAUGAUGAAGAAGAAUCCAAACAACUUAAAAAGGACGAUUCAUCAGACAAUGAACCUAAAUCAAGUGUAUUUGAUCAUUCAGCUUAUGAAUAUUUAAAUUUUAAAGAUAUUCCAUGGCAUGAUAGAUUAAGAAGAAGGAAUUUAAAAGAUGGAAAUUGGCAAAUUGUAUUAAUUGGUAUAUUAUCACUUAUUGAAUCAGUGCCAAAAUAUUUUCAUUUAAUCAAUGAAAUUUUCAAAAAAUUAGCUCCAAAAAAUAUGUCAGUUAAUUUAAUUAAUUUACAAAAUAAUUUUGAAGAUUUAGAUAUAAAUUUAAAAUUAAAAAUUUUGAGUAUAUUAACUGAAUUAUUAAUAAAUAGUCCAUUAGUUAGAAAUUAUAUUGAAGAGAGUCUUGAUCAACAAACAGUAUUAAGAAGAACAAGAUUAGAUAAUAUAAAAGAAUAUAGACUGGAUUUAGAAAUUGCUUUAAAUGCUCAAAAGUUCAUUGAUGAACAUAUACCAAAAGAUGAAGAAGAAUCAAUUGAAGAAGAUAAAGAUAAAGAUAAAGAUAAAUCUCAACCACAACCAGUGAAUAAUAAAUUAGGUAUUGAUUUAAAAAUUAUUGAACCUACAGAAAAAGAACUUGAAGCUAGUGCUAAAAAUCCUGAACUUAAAAAACAACUAGCUAUUAGAAAAGAAGCAGUAUUAAAAAUAAUUGAAUUCAAAAAAAAUAAAAAAUUAAUUGAACAAAAACUUAAUGAAUUAGAUUGUCAAAGAGUAAAAUUAUUAGGUAAAGAUAGGUUAUAUAAUCGAUAUUGGUGGUUUGAAAAUAAUGGCUUACCUACAUUACAUAGUGGUUCAAAUGAAGAUGAAGAUGAUGAAGAAGAUGAUGAUAAAGAUAAUAAACAAAAUAAAAGUACUGAUGAUGUUCAAGAAGGUAAUGAUCAACACGACGAGGAAGAUGAAGAAGAUGAUGAUGACGACGAUGUAUUAGAUGAAACUUAUUUAAUGGGUAGAUUAUGGGUUCAAGGUCCAACCGAUACUGAUAUGAUUACAAAUUUUAAAAUUGAAAUUGAAGAGAUUAGAAAAUUAAUUAAUGAAAUACCUGAUGAAUUUGAGGAUGAAGGAUUAGAAGAAUUGGUAGAAGAUUCACAAGUACAAGUGCAAAUUCAAACUCAACAACAAGCUCGAGUUUCACAACCUCCACAAUCACCACCGGUUGAUUCUAAUGAACCUAAAAAAGAAGCAAAUGAAUCCACAACUCUAGCACCUACUCCAACUCCAACUCCAGUUCCAACUACAAGAAAAAAACCAAUUGAAAUGAAUUUUACAAAUAUUCCAGAAUCAUAUAAAGCAAAACUUCUAGAAUAUAAUAUUAAAUUAACAAAUAAUGAAAUAUUAUUAAAUAAAGAAAAUGAAGUAUUAAUAAAUAAUGAAGGUACAUUACAAUUACCAUUACAAAAAUUAAAUAAUAUUCAACGAAAAUUUAUUGAAGAAUUAACAAGUCCAUUAUUAAAUAGUUCUAGUUGGAAAUAUUAUGAUGAAAUUCAAGAUAUAAAUAAAUUAAUACUGUGGUUAAAUCCAUGGGGUAAAAGAGAAUCAUCAUUAAGAAAAGAACUAAUAUCAGUUAAAGAUGUUAUGUUUUCAAGUAUAAAAGCAAGACAUAAAGCAAUGAAUUUAAAAAAUUUUAAAACUUCUGAAGAAAUUGAAAUUAAUGAAAAUAUUAUUGCUUUAAGGAAAAGAAUUUUACAAUUACAAUUAAUUGAAAAUAAUAAUGGUAACAAUGAUCAAAUGCAAAUUGAUUCAAUUGAUGAUACUAAUAUGAAUAAUGAAUCAGUUGAAGAAAUUGAAAACGAUGAUUUAGAAACAAGAACAAGAAGUAGAAGAUCAAAAUCACAAUCACAACCAAAAAAGAAACAAAUAUCAAUAAAAGAAUUAUUAGUUACAGGAUCAAUCAACCAAUGUAAAGAAAAAAUUCAAAUUUUAAAACAAGAUAUAAUAAAAUUAAAUUCCAACAAUGAAAUAAAUAGAAUUUUAGAAUGGGUUAAUCUGUCAGCUUUAGAAAAAUUUGGUAAAUCUUUAUAUGAAGGUGGUGAUAAAAAUUAUCAACAAAAAAAAUCUGUUGCUUGUGUAAGUAAAAAAUAA